AUGUCGACAACCGAGGCGCGUCUGCUAUACGCGACCCAUGCCGGGGCCCGGGCUGCGACACCGCAAACACCGGGGAGCACUUGUCAUGACGAACCAGCACGUGCCCAGGAGCAGCAGGCAGAGGCAGUCGUCAACUGGAGCGCCACGCACUCCGCGCGGCCGACGGCGGUCUACACGCCCGAGUCCGUCGCCGACGUCGAGGCGCUCGUCGCGGCGCACGCGGCGCGGAAGGCGCGGCUCCGGCCCUGCGGCUCCGCGCUGUCGCCGAACGGCCUCGCGCUCAGCGCUGUGCUCAGCGACGGCGGCGCGAUGGUGAACCUGGGCCUCCUCGACGACGUCGUCGCCGUCGACGCCGAGGCGCGGACGGUGACCGUGCGCUGCGGCGCCAAGGUCGACCAGGUGCUCGACGCGCUCGCGCCCCACGGCCUCACGCUCGAGAAUUUGGCGUCCAUCGCGUCGCAGCAGAUCGGCGGCUUCGUCGGCGUCGGCGCGCACGGCACGGGCGCGUCGCUGCCGCCCGUCGACGAGCACGUGCUCGAGCUGACGGUCGUGACGCCCGGCGGCGGCACGGUGACGCUCGCGCGCGGCGACGGGCUCCUCGAGUCCUUCCUCGUCGGCCUCGGCGCGCUCGGCGUCGCCGUCGAGGCCAAGCUCCGCUGCGUGCCCAAGCACCUGCUGCGCGAGCGCGUCCAGGUCAUGACGCGAAACGAGGUCGCGGCGAAGCACGCGGACCUGCUGCGCGACAACCGCCACGUGCGCUUCAUGUGGAUCCCCUUCGAGGACGCGGUCGUCGUCGUGUCCAACAACCCGACGUUCGACGGCGUCUUGGGCGAGGGCCAGGGCGGGCCGAGCCCCUACACCGACGACCAGAAGCUCGCGCCGCUGCGCGCGCUGCUCGAGGCGACGCGGCCGGGCGUUCCCGGCGCGGCGUCCAUGCACUUCGCGGAGCUCCGGGACGCGCUCCUCGCGAUCGCGCCGCUCGACGUCGGCCACGUCAGAGCCGUCAACAAGGCCGAGGCCGAGUUCUGGCGGCGCAGCCAGGGCACGGACGUCGCCGACUCGUCGCGGAAGCUCAACUUCGAGUGCGGCGGCCAGCAGUGGGUCAACGAGUGCUGCUUCCCCGCGGGGUCGCUGUCGCAACCCUCGGGCGCGGACGUGCGCUACAUGCUCGACCUCCUCGACCUCAUCGAGCGCGAGGAGAUCCCCGCGCCGGCGCCCAUCGAGCAGCGCUGGACGUCCGGCUCGCGGAGCCUGCUGUCGCCCGCGAGCUCGAAGGCACCGCUCCCGGACGACGCGAUCUUCUCCUGGGUCGGCGUGAUCAUGUACCUGCCGACGGACGAGCCGACCCAGCGCGCGGCGAUCACGGCGGCCUUCGACGGCUACAAGAAGCACUGCGAGCGGUCGCUCUGGCCGGCCUACGGCGCCGUGGAGCACUGGGCGAAGAUCGAGGAGCCCGCGGACGCGGACGCCGCGGCGACGGCCGUCGCGCGGCUCGCGGCCAAGUUCGACACGGCCAAGUUCGCGGCGCUCCGCGAUGUCUACGACCCGGACAACAUCCUCUCGACGCCCCUGCUCGACGCCGUGCUGCCGCGGGGGGGCUAGGGGGUAUGCGAUCGAGCUCUUAGAAAUGAUCGCGCACGC